AUGGUGGUGUCCUCGGACAUGACCCUGGAACGACGAGAGGCUAGAAGAAAAAUGCGAACGCCCGAUGCAAUGCAGAACCCAGACAGAAGAGUUCCAUGGACCUUCGAGAAGCCCGCCACGCAUGUCAGAGAGAAUGCCGGCGCAUUGCCCUUCAGUACCUGUGCGCAUCUCAAGUUCUCACACCGCAACCCGAGAGUUCUCCUACACAUCGAAGCAGGAGGAGGCGCACCACAGAAUAAGAAAAGACCAGGGGAAAAAAGCAAAGAAGAAACAAUGGACGAGAAGCAACAUAGACACGCAUACACACACACACACACACACACACACACCUACGCAAAGUUGCAGACACCUGCGAAAUCCGGUACAGGACGCGUUGACAGCGGCGAUCUCGGGUUCGCUGGGCAGGCAGCCAAGGACAGGCAUUCGGUCGAUUGUGCAUACCGUACCUAUCUGGCGGAGGUCAACACGCCGCACCGCGAGAGCGAAUGUUUCUGCGAAUAA